GUGUCCCCUUCGGCCUUCGUGCAGCCCGCUCCGGGCCCCCAGCCCCGUGCCUCCUGUGCCCGCCUAGCGCUGCUCAGCGCCUCGGAGACUCUCCACCCUCCCAUCCCCCCCCUUCUUUUCUUCGAGCUGCCGUCCUGCAGCCUGCUCGGUCCCCACCGAGUACUGCCGUGACCCCUUUCUUUCUUCUGUGCCACCUCCCCAUCCUUCGAUGGUCUUUGCACACUUCCCACCCCCGGUGUUCUCGGUCCUGCCCAGUCCUCUUUUGCUGAGUUUUCCCUCCCCCUCGCUCUCCCAGCUUUUCACUCCUGGAGACCCUCUGCGAGUUGGUCUGGCGGCAGCCCUGGAAAGGGCACUGUCCUGGGUCAUGAGAACUGACCUGCCAGGAACCACCAUUUUCCAUCCCUGUCCCCAAACCCGGUGAGAUGGGCCCACCCAUCCGGCCCUGAGGGACUAGCCACAGCUGUGGCUGGGCCAGGGCCAAAGGGCAUGUCCAAAGGGAAAUUCCCUCACAGAAAGGGGGCUGUUUGAGGGUGGGUAGGGGGUGUUCCGCAGUACCAAUGGGCGCGAUGUUACCAGAGCCAAAACCAUAGUUUUGGGGGGGCAAAGUUCCCCAAGGCUUACGCAGCUGCAGGGAACUAAAGCCUGCCUCGGAGCACUACCGCUGCAGGGAGGGAGCUGGACGGAAUACUGUGCACCAAGCAGAGGCUCCGAGAGCAGCAAGUCAGGGUACCAGAAGCCCAGGUCAACGGGAGUGAACACUAAGCCGGGAACUUUCCGGCCAGAAGUACUCUGAAGUACUACGGCGAGGGCGCCCACUGCCCAGGCGGGUGCAGCCUAUAAUGCUCAUUGCAGAGUGGAGGAGGGAGAGAGGCUCUGCCAGGGCAAUGUCUACGGAGAGCCUGGGAAGCAUCACCCUGCUCAAAGGGUUGGAGCAAGACAGGAACUAGGCCAGUAAGAGCUGACUCAGUCUCGCUCGUCUUUUGGUCCCAGCCGACCAGAGAGGCCUGGUGUCUUGGGCUCCUGCCCACCACCGCCUGCUCCAGACCCCUCCUCCCCUCCUGCCGAGGCCGUUUCCUGUGGCUGCGACUCUUGUUCAGCCAUGAGCUCACCGCCCCUAAUGGGUUGCAGCUGCUUCGCUGCUCAAGCAGUAGCUCCCCGGAUCCUAACUUCAGAGCUCGGGCCCACUCAACCUCACCCCUACCCUUCUUGCCACCCACGUACACAGUCCUGAGAACACUGAGGGUCUGUCUGCUCGCCCACAACUUGGAGCCAAGUUUGUGCUCUGAUAACACAGAAUGCUAGUCUCUGGGGUGUCUGAAUGCUCUAAUCUUCCCAAACAGCCGGGAUUAGGCAACCCUGGCUGGAGAGAUUUCAGAGUAAAAUAAGUAAUUUUUGUCUUGGGGUGGAAACAGGACCGUCUGCAGUGGGUAAAGAGAAGUGGAGAUGAAUACUGCAGAAUACUUUCCUCAUUUACAACAAAGACAUCUGAUAAAAGGAACUAAAAAAGCCAUCUUGAGAGAGAUAUGGACUUGCAAAGAAGUGGACCCCAGAGCUGUUGUUUAGGCAGCGAGGUGAAGAAAGGAAGCCCACUUAGGGAGGUGGUCAGAAUGGGACAGGGCUUAGUCUUUGAGACAGGUUAUCAGAGAGAACCCUCUGGGUUAGAAAAAAAAAAAACUAACUGGAAUACAUAGCAUCAGACCACCUUCUCUCUUCUCCAAGAAUUUUGGGUACGUCUUUAUCUUCUUUCAAAUGGCUCCACCCAGUUCAUUGUGGCCAAUCCCACAGGUUCUGGGAAUUGAAGAAAGGGAUGCUAUAAAGACCUGAGAUAGCCACAGUCUUCUCGUCUUCUUUCUUCCCACCUAUCAACCAACUAUCUCUAGGAUGCAGUGGGCAUACCUCCACUUACAAUAAAGGUAUCUGGAAGAUGAACUCGGAAGAAUCCAUUGGCAAGAUGGCUGUGUAGAAACCCCAUACCCCACCCCGGACACCAGAAUUCUUAAGCAUCAGAUGGGUCCAGUGACCUCGCCUGUCUCUUUUCUCCUGAGGUGCAAUCACCUCAAUUCACAAGUGCCUGGAACAGUCCUGACCAGAGUCAUUUAUAACAAAUUCUCCCUGGAUCACCAAAGCCAAGGUCUCAAAGCUUAAACUGAAGCUAUGGAGCCUGAACCAGUGGAGGACUGUGUGCAGAGCACGCUUGCUGCCUUGUACCCGCCCUUUGAAGCCACAGCCCCAACCCUGUUGGGCCAGGUGUUCCAGGUGGUGGAGAGGACGUACCAGGAGGAUGCGCUGAGGUACACGCUGGACUUCCUGGUACCUGCUAAACACCUGCUUGCCAAGGUCCAGCAGGAAGCCUGUGCCCAGUAUAGUGGAUUCCUCUUCUUCCACGAGGGCUGGCCACUCUGCUUGCAUGAGCAGGUGGUAGUGCAGCUCGCAGCCCUACCCUGGCAGCUGCUGCGCCCUGGAGACUUCUACCUACAGGUCGUGCCUUCAGCAGCCCAGGCACCCCGGCUGACACUGAAAUGCCUGGCCCCGGGAGGUGGGCGGGUACAGGAGCUCCCAGUGCCCAGUGAAGCCUGGGCCUACCUAUUCACACCUGAGUGGCUACAAGGCAUUAACAAGGACCGGCCGACAGGGCGCCUCAGCACCUGCCUUCUGUCUGCACCCUCCGGAAUUCAGCGGCUGCCCUGGGCUGAGCUUGUCUGCCCAAGAUUUGUGCACAAAGAGGGCCUCAUGGUGGGACAUCAGCCAAGCACAUUGCCUCCAGAACUGCCCUCUGGACCUCCAGGCCUUCCUAGCUCUCCACUCCCCGAGGAAGUACUUGGUACCCGGAGUCCUGGGGACGGACACAAUGCCCCUGCAGAAGGUCCAGAGGGUGAAUAUGUGGAGUUGUUGGAGGUGACACUGCCUGUGAGGGGAAGCCCCAUAGACGCUGAGGCCUCAGGCCUCUCCCGGACCCGCACAGUACCGGCACGUAAGAGCACUGGAGGGAAGGGCCGGCACCGGAGACACAGGGCGUGGAUGAAUCAGAAAGGCCUGGGGUCUCGGGAUCAGGAUGGGGCACGCCCGCCUGGUGAGGGCAGUAGCACUGGAGCCUCUUCUGACUCCCCUUCAGGGGCUGAGGCAGACCCAGAUGCCGCAGUUCUCCAAGCACCUGAGCCCCCGGCAGAGGCUCUGGGGGAAGCCUCUGAAUCCUGCCUCCUGUCAGGGGAGGCUGUGGGAGGAGUGGGCCACGGGGCUGAAGGACCACCUGGAACCCCUCGAAGAGCCGGCAAAGGAAACAGAAGAAAGAAGCGAGCUGCGGGCAGAGGUGCUGGAAGCCGGGGAGGGGAGAGUGCCCCACUCAACCCCAGGGACAAAGAAGAGACCAGACAGCAGGAAGUCCUUGUCAGUCUGCCCUCACCCAGUGAACAGGAACCUGCAGAACGCAGCCUGCUUAAGGAGAAAGAGGAUUCUGGGAAGCCAGAGUCUGAAUCAAAAGAGGAACUCAAGCCAGCAGACGGAAAGGAGCCUGCACCCCCAGAAGACUGUGAGCCUCCAGAAGAGGGGAUCAGAGAGAGUGAGAAAGAGGAGUUGACCCCGGAGUGUACCGCAGGAUCCGCAGGUCCAGAGUGGUUCCCAUCUGAGCCCUCAGCACAGCCCCUGGAGACUGUGCAGGACGUAAAAGGAGACAGCCUCCCGGAAGAAACUCCCCCAGUUUCUGUUUUGGAUGACCCAGUUGUAGCUUGGGACUUGAUGGCAUCUGGAUUCUUCGUUCUGACUGGAGGGGUAGAUCAGACUGGGAGAGCUCUGCUGACGAUCACACCUCCACCUCCGUGCCUUCCUGAGGAGCCCUCACCCUCCCAAGAGACACUGAGCACUGCUCUUCGUUACCUCCACUCGCUGCUUAGGCCUGAUCUGCAAUUAUUGGGGCUGACCAUCCUCCUGGACCUUCGCAAAGCACCCCCACUGCCUCCAGCACUUCUUCCUGCCUUGAGUCAGCUUCAGGACUCGGGCGAGCCUCCACUCAUUCAGCGGCUGGUGAUCCUCAUUCAUGAAGACCCUCCAGCUGAAGUCUGUGAAUUUCAGGGAGCUGAGUUGCUGUCAGAGAAGGAUAUGAAAAGAGUGGCCAAGCCAGAGGAGCUACAGUGGGACUUAGGAGGUCACAGGGACCUCUCCCCCAACCACUGGGCAGAGAUACAUCAGGAAGUGGCAAGGCUGUGCACCUUGUGCCAAGGUGUGCUGACCUCCGUACGGCAGGCCAUUGAGGAGCUAGAGGGAACAGCAGAACCCAAAGAAGAGGAGACCGUGGGAAUGCCUGAGCCCCUGCAAAAGGUGCUGGCGGAUCCUCGGCUGACAGCACUACAGAGGAACGGCGGAGCCAUCCUGAUGCGCCUGCGCUCCACCCAUAGCAGCAAGCUAGAGGGCCCAGGCCCAGCUGUGCUAUACCAGGAAGUAGAUGAGGCCAUUCACCAACUUGUGCGUCUGUCCAACCUACGAGUUCAGCAGCAGGAACAACGCCAACGCCUGCGCCAAGUCCAGCAGGUGUUGCAGUGGCUGUCUGGCCCAGGGGAAGAGCAGCUGGCUAGCUUCGCCGUGCCUGGAAACUCACUGUCAGUCUUGCAAGAGACAGAACUUCGAUUCAGGGCUUUUAGCACUGAAGUACAGGAGCGCCUCGUCCAAGCCCGGGAAGCUUUGGCUCUGGAGGAGGACAUCACCUCCCAGAAAGUUCUAGAUAUCUUUGAACAACGGCUGGAGCAGGUUGAGAGUGGCCUCCAUCGGGCCCUACGGCUACAGCGUUUCUUCCAGCAGGCACACGAAUGGGUAGAUGAGGGCUCUGCUCGCCUGGCAGGAGCUGGGCCUGGUCGUGAAGCUGUGCUGGCAGCCCUGGCCCUGCGGAGGGCCCCAGAGCCCAGUGCAGGCACCUUCCAAGAGAUGCGAGCCCUGGCCCUGGACUUGGGCAGCCCCUCAGCCCUUCGAGAGUGGGGCCGAUGUCGGGCACGCUGCCAGGAGCUGGAAAGAAGGAUUCAGCAGCAGCUGGGAGAGGAGGCCAGUCCUAGAAGCCACCGACGACGUCGGGCAGACAGUGCCAGCAGCGCAGGGGUCCAGCACGGAGCCCAUAGUCCUUCAUCCAGUCUCAGUUCCCUGCUGAUUCCCAGCAGCCCUGGGCCACGGGCAGCCCCAUCACAUUGCUCUCUGACCCCAUGCGGGGAGGAUUAUGAGGAAGAAGGCCUUGAGCUAGCUCCAGAAGCAAAUGGAAGACCCCCAAGAGCUGUGCUGAUCCGAGGACUGGAGGUCACCAGUACUGAAGUGGUAGACAGGACAUGUUCACCCCGAGAACACGUGCUAUUGGGCCGGGCUGGAGGGCCAGAUGGACCCUGGGGAAUAGGUACUCCUCGAAUGGAACGCAAACGAAGCAUCAGUGCCCAGCAGCGUCUAGUGUCUGAACUGAUUGCCUGUGAGCAGGAAUACGUAACUACCCUGAAUGAGCCAGUGCCACCGCCUGGGCCUGAGCUAACUCCUGAGCUUCGAUGCACCUGGGCUGCAGCCUUGAGUGUCCGAGAGAGGCUUCGCAGCUUCCAUGGGACACACUUUCUACAAGAGCUUCAGGGCUGCACCGCCCACCCUCUGCGCAUUGGGGCCUGCUUCCUUCGCCAUGGGGACCAGUUCAACCUCUAUGCACAGUUUGUGAAGCACAGGCAUAAACUGGAGAGUGGUCUGGCUGCUCUCGCCCCCUCAGUCAAGGGUUCCAUGGAGAGCAGCCCUUGCUUGUCCCGGGCCCUGCAGCAGCCACUGGAACAGCUGGCUCGGUAUGGACAGCUCCUGGAGGAGCUCCUAAGGGAAGCUGGGCCUGAGCUAAGCUCUGAACGCCAGGCCCUCAAGGCUGCUAUACAGUUGCUCCAGGAACAAGAGGCCCGAGGCAGAGAUCUGCUCGCUGUGGAAGCUGUUCGAGGCUGUGAGAUAGAUUUAAAGGAACAGGGACAGCUCUUGCAUCGGGACCCAUUCACUGUCAUCUGUGGCCGGAAAAAGUGCCUUCGCCAUGUCUUUCUCUUUGAGGACCUGCUCUUAUUCAGCAAGUUCAAGGGUUCUGAAGGAGGAUCCGAGACCUUCGUUUACAAGCAAGCUUUCAAGACGGCUGACAUGGGGCUGACGGAAAACAUCGGGGACAGUGGACUCUGUUUUGAACUGUGGUUUCGGCGACGGCGUACACGGGAAGCAUACACUUUACAGGCUACUUCACCAGAGACCAAACUCAAGUGGACAAGUUCUAUUGCCCAGCUGCUGUGGAGACAGGCAGCCCACAACAAGGAACUCCGAGUGCAGCAGAUGGUUUCCAUGGGCAUUGGGAAUAAACCUUUCCUGGACAUUAAAGCCCUUGGGGAACGGACACUGAGUGCCCUGCUCACUGGAAGAGCCGCCCGCACCCGGGCCUCCGUAGCCGUGUCAUCCUUUGAGCAUGCUGGCCCGUCCCUUCCCGGCCUCUCACCGGGAGCCUGCUCCCUGCCUGCCCGCGUCGAGGAGGAGGCCUGGGAUCUGGACGUCAAGCAGAUUUCCCUGGCUUCCCCUCCAGCCUCAGAAACACUUGACUCUUCUGGAGAUGUGUCCCCAGGACCACGAAACAGCCCCAGUCUGCAGCCCCCCAACCCUGGGAGCAGUACUCCCACCCUGACCAGUGGAGGGAUCUUAGGGCUCUCCCGGCAGGCCUGGCUGAGAGGCAUCAAGAGUCAUUCCCGAGCCCUGAGUGACCCCAGCACGCCUCUGUGAGCUAGAGAAGAUCCAGAUCUGCAGCCCCUUCUCAGCCCAGCCCAUUUUUGGCUGGGAUGCCAAUGGGACGUAAUGGAGGACCUAAGCUCUCCCUCCCUCUGCUUCCUGGACAGAGAGGAGGGCAGGGACCAGAGUGUCCCCUGCCACCGCUGUCUAGCCCUGCUUGGUGCCUUUUGCCGCAGGAACCAGAGUGGCCCUGUUUGCUUGCUUUUAUGCCCUGGGGACAGGGAAAUAUCCCUCUUGCUGUGUUACUGCACACCUCCGGACACUGCUCUGCUGACAGCCCACUGCUAUUCUCAUCCCUACUCUCCCAGAAGAUUCAUCUCUGCCAGGUCGAAUGGAAUCCCAUUCUGGGGUAUCAUGGGAAAUGAAGUGCUCUAAGCCAUUGAAGGGGAUGGGAUGGGCACUGCAGACUUUAUAUGUAAUUACUGUUAUUAUACUAUUGUUACAUUAAAUGUAUUUACUCUCA